AUGGCAUCCAAUCCCAAUUACUCUAUCCCCGCGUUCGGAGGUGGGCCUACACCCACCGUCCACCUCGGCCCCACCACCGCCGCCGUCGUGCUCCGCCUGAGCGACGCCCUCCGCCGCCGCUUUCAUCUGGGCCUCCUCCUCCGCUCCUCCCUCAAGGUUAUGUGUCGUGAGAAGGCCCUCCGAAUCACAGGCGUUGAUUGUUUCCAAUGCUCAUUCGGUGCUCUCUCAAAUACAUUGAUGGGCUUUAGUUUUUUCAAUGGAGAUGAAGGUGUAAAUAGGAAAGGUCUCGGGAAGCCACAACCUAUAUCAUCAAGAAGAAACUUAUUCGAUGGGAGGAAAUGGACCCACAUCAUUCUUGCAGCCAAUGUCCUAGUAUAUAUAGCACAGUAUUUUUCAGAUGGCAAGCUAUUGUACUGGGGAGCCAAGAUUAAUGGUCUCAUUAGUAAAGGGCAGCUGUGGAGGCUUGUUACAUCGUCCUUCUUGCACGCAAAUUUGGGGCACCUGCUGAUCAAUUGCUAUUCUUUGAACUCAGUUGGUCCCACUGUUGAGAAGAUAUGUGGUCCCAAAAGAUUUCUAGCGAUAUACAUUACCUCGGCAAUCACAAGUUCAGCAAUGAGUUAUUUUUUAUGCAAAGCACCAGCAGUUGGUGCAUCAGGAGCCAUCUUUGGAUUGGUUGGGUCAUUUGCUAUGUUUGUACUGAGGCACAGGGGUAUGGUAAAAGGCACUGAGGCCGAUCUAAAACAUAUUGCUCAAGUGAUUGUUUUAAACAUGACUAUUGGGCUGCUAUCUCAAGGCAUUGACAACUGGGGACAUUUUGGAGGGUUGAUAGGUGGAGCAGCAGUUUCAUGGCUUGUAGGGCCUGCAUGGACAUUUGAGUCUGUUUCAUAUGAUGGGAGAAAAGGGGCACGGUCGCGGGCGUGCUGGCGCUGGGGCGCUCGGGCUCGACUGCUGGAAAUCACGGGCGUGUGCGCUAGUUGGGGCCUGAGAGCGGCUGGGCGCGUGCGAUACUGGCCUGGGCCCUGGGCGUGCUGCUGGCUGGGAGCUGCGGACUACGCGGGCGGCUGCCAGUGCUAG